CUCGGUGUGUGCAUUGUGCGGGAGGCGUGUGUCCCUCUCCCAACCAAAGAGCAAGGAGCGAAAGCGACUGGACCACGCAACAGCCUCGCCGCUCCAAACAGAAUGUCGUCAAGGAAUGUAUUCUAGCUGGAAAUGCAAAGGAGCACCGACCAGUCGCAGUAUUUUAUUUAAAAUCUCUAGACCCAUAAUAAUCUGAAAUAUGGCUGAAGUGAAGUCGAGGUGAGUUGCGCUGUUGCUCAGACAACUUGCUGUUGGGUGGUGCGCACUCCACUCUCCGCCUCUCGCCAGCCAGCCUGUCGGAUGAAAAGAAAACGGAUAGAUCCCGUUCUUUUUUGUUCUUCUAUCAAUCGAUAGUCAUUGGACUGUGGAAUCAUGUCGAUGGGACAGGACGAAAACUCAGUCCGGGUGGCUUUGAGGAUUCGUCCUCAACUGGCCCGGGAGAAGAUCGAGGGAUGUCACAUCUGUACGUUUGUGACCCCAGGGGAGCCCCAGGUGAUGCUGGGUAAAGACAAGGCCUUUACUUACGACUAUGUGUUCGACAUGGACUCCUGUCAGGACAGCAUCUACGCUAGCUGCACUGAGAAGCUGAUCGAGGGCUGCUUCGAAGGAUACAACGCCACCAUUUUUGCCUAUGGCCAGACUGGGUCAGGUAAGACCUACACCAUGGGUACAGGGUUUGAUGUUAACAUCGGGGAAGAGGAGCUGGGCAUCAUACCCCGGGCGGUCAGCCACCUCUUCAGGGGCAUUGAGGAGCGCCAGCAGGCCGCUAAAGAGCAGGGACGACCCGUGCCUGAGUUCAAGAUCAACGCACAGUUCCUGGAGCUUUACAAUGAGGAGGUGCUGGAUCUGUUUGACUCUACACGGGACCUGGAAGCUCGGACGCAGAAAUCCCACAUAAAAAUCCACGAGGACGCUAAUGGAGGAAUCUACACAGUAGGGGUGACCACACGGACGGUAGCCUCCGAGGCAGAGAUGAUGCAGUGUCUGAAGCUGGGUGCUCUGUGUCGAACCACCGCCAGCACCCAGAUGAACGUCCAGAGCUCCCGCUCUCACGCCAUCUUCACCAUUCACCUGUGCCAAGUCAGAGUCUGUGCAUCCGACAAUAAAGACAACAACGAGACAGACAACAACGAGACUGACAACAGGAUUGCUAAUGGCAACUCAGAGAUGGAAGAGUAUGAGACACUGACGGCCAAGUUUCACUUUGUGGACCUGGCCGGUUCUGAAAGGCUGAAGAGAACCGGUGCUACAGGAGACCGAGCUAAGGAGGGAAUCUCCAUCAACUGUGGACUGCUUGCUCUGGGGAAUGUAAUUAGUGCUUUGGGAGACAGGAGCAAGCGAUCCACGCACGUGCCCUACAGAGACUCCAAACUCACCCGGCUCCUACAGGACUCUCUAGGUGGAAACAGCCAAACGAUGAUGAUAGCAUGCAUCAGUCCGUCUGACCGGGACUUCAUGGAGACCCUGAACGCGUUGAAGUACGCUAACAGAGCCAGGAACAUUAAGAACAAGGUGAUGGUGAACCAGGACAAGGCCUCCCAGCAGAUCUCUGCUCUCAGGACAGAAAUCGCCAGGCUACAGAUGGAACUGAUAGAGUACAGGACCGGUAAGCGUAGUGGGAGAGGAAUGUGUAUGGAGAGCAUCAACGACAUGGUCCAUGAAAACACCAUGCUGCAGACUGAGAACAGCAACCUGAGGAUCAGGGUCAAAGCCAUGCAGGAGACCAUUGACGCCCAGAGGGCCAGACUCACACAGUACCUCAGUGACCAGGCCAACCAGUUUUCGUGUGUUGUUUAUUCAGGUGAAGGCAGUGAAGAGAUUGGGAACAUGAUCCAGAGCUAUAUCAAAGAGAUAGAGGACCUCAGAGCCAAACUCCUGGAAAGUGAGUCUGUGAAUGAGAACCUGCGUAAGAACCUGUCCCGUGCCUCCUCACGCCAGUCCUUCUACCCCGGAACCUUCUCCCCUGCCCUCCUGGCCCCCGAGAAGGAGGCCUCCGACAUCAUCGAGAUGGCCAAGAAAGAUCUGGAGAAACUCAAGAAGAAGGAGAGGAAGAAGAAGAAGAGUGUCGUCAAGGAAGAAGUCCCCGACAAUGACCAAGGCCAAGGGACGGAAAAAGAGCUGACUGAGCGGUCCAAUGACGAGCCUGAGAUGGAGGGGAGUGACCAUGAGGAUGGGGAGGAGGAGGAGGAAGAGGAGGAGGAGGAAGAGGAGGAGAUGGAUGUGGAGGAGAGCUCUGAUGAUUCAGACUCUGAGUCAGAUGAGAAAGAGAACUUCCAGGCGGACCUGGCCAACAUCACGUGUGAGAUCGCCAUCAAGCAGAAGCUGAUAGAUGAACUGGAGAACAGCCAGCGCCGUCUGCACACGCUCAAGCAGCAGUAUGAACAGAAACUGAUGAUGCUGCAGAGCAAGAUUAGAGACACACAGCUGGAGAGAGACCGGGUGCUACACAACAUGGGCUCAGUGGAGACGUGCAGCGACGAUAAGGCUAAGAAGAUCAAACAGGAGUAUGAGAAGAAGCUGAGCAUCAUGAACAAGGAACUACAGAAGCUACAGUCAGCCCAGAAGGAACACGCACGCCUGCUCAAGAACCAAUCCAAGUACGAGACACAGCUGAAGAAGCUCCAACUGGACGUCACAGAGAUGAAGAAGACAAAGGUUCGUCUGAUGAAGCAGAUGAAGGAGCAGCAGGAGAAGAACAGGAUGACAGAGUCCAGGAGGAACCGAGAGAUCGCCACCCUCAAGAAGGACCAGCGCAAACAGGAGCACCAGCUGAAGCUACUAGAAGCCCAGAAGAGACAACAGGAGCUCAUUUUGCGCAGGAAGACUGAGGAGGUGUCUGCUCUGAGGAGACAGGCCAGGCCUAUGUCUGGUAAGGUGACCAACAGGAAGGUGAGUCUCCCAGAGCACCUCCAGGACUCCUCCCACCGACCCCCCUCAGGACGCCUGCAGUCCUCUGGCUCCACCGCCACCAACGGAACCAGGUGGGGACUGGACAACAGAUCCUACUACAGGCGGUCAACAGGCAUAUAUUCCACCAGAGUGGCCAGGGUGAAGUGGCAGUCUCUGGAGCGUCGUAUCUCUGAUGUCAUCAUGCAGAGGAUGACCAUAUCCAACAUGGAGUCUGAAAUGAACCGCCUGCUCAAGCAACGUGAGGAGCUGACCAAGCGGAGGGAGAAGGUGACCAGAAAGAGGGACAGGCUGGCAGGGGAGGGGCCUGAGGCUGAAAAGGCGGUGCUUCCCCUCAACGAGGAAGUGGACGCCGUGGUUGCCAACAUCGACUACAUCAACGACAGCAUCGCUGACUGCCAGGCCAACAUUAUGCAGAUGGAGGAAGCCAAGGAGGAGGUUGACACGGUGGAUGUUUCCGCGGUCAUCAGCUCCUGUACCCUAACAGAAGCCCGCUUCCUGCUGGACCACUUCAUGUCUAUGGCCAUCAACAGAGGUCUGCAGGCGGCUCAGAGGGAGUCCCAGGUGAAGGUGAUGGAGGGCAGGCUGAAGCAGACUGAGAUCACCAGCGCCACUCAGAACCAGCUGCUGUUCCACAUGCUGAAGGAGAAGGCUGAGUUUAACCCCGAACUGGACGCCCUGCUGGGGAACGCUCUGCAAGAGCUAGGUAACAUGCCAGUGGAGAACGGGGAUGACAGCAGCAGUGACGAAUCUGCCCAGAGUCCUGCAACAGACGGACACUCCCUGGCAUCAGAUCUAAUGAAACUCUGUGGAGAGACCAAAACAAGGAGCAAGGCUCGUAGAAGAACCACCACUCAGAUGGAGUUGCUCUACGCUAAUAGUGACGCCGCCCCUGACAUGCCCAGCGGAGAUUUCUCCUCCCCCUGUCUCCCAUUGGCUGAAACACCAGAAGAGGGCAGAGAUCCUGAGACCCCCAUUGGCUCAUCAGUCAGGGACAGAGACUUUAUGGCUCAUUCUCCUGGCUUGGCCUCUAAGAUGGGCAGCAUAGCUGCCUCCUCCUCGGGGGCGGAAAAGAGAGUUCCAGAGCCCUCGCCGCUCUCUCGCAGGAAGACCUAUGACAGGGCACAAGCGGCGGCUAAGGUCAAGGAGAUCAAACACUGUGAGACGAGGAACUCGGACGCCAGCACCCCGUCUCCCCCAUCCUCCCCUUCCACCCGCCCUCGUAGCCAAGGCAACGUAUUUGUACGUCUGACAGGGUGUCUGGAGAGAGCAGACAGACCGCAGGAUAAAGGGGUAAUCAACCCAGUGCCCUCUUCAAAGGGCAGUCGGUCAGCAACACUACAGUGUGUCCACGUGGCUGAGGGUCACACUAAAGCGGUGUUGUGUGUUGACUCUACUGAUGACCUCCUCUUCACCGGCUCCAAAGACCGUACGUGUAAGGUGUGGAACCUGGUGACGGGUCAGGAGAUCAUGUCCCUGGCGGGUCACCACAACAAUGUGGUGUCAGUCCGCUACAGCUCCAGCCUGGUCUUCACCGUCUCCACCUCCUACAUCAAGGUCUGGGACAUCCGAGACUCAGCCAAGUGCAUCCGCACCCUCACGUCUUCUGGUCAGGUGACUCCUGGCGAUGCCUGUGCGUCCAGCACCAACCGGACUGUCACCAUCCCGGCAGGAGAGAACCAGAUCAACCAGAUUGCCCUCAACCCCAGCGGCUCUGUCCUGUACGCCGCCGCCGGCAACUCUGUCAGAGUCUGGGACGUAGGAAGAUUUGUAUCUACAGGGAAGCUGACUGGUCACCUGGGUCCAGUCAUGUGUCUGACUGUGGACCAGAGCGGGAAUGGUCAGGAUCUGGUCAUCAGCGGCUCCAAGGACCAUUACAUCAAGAUGUUUGACGUGGCAGAGGGGGCCCUGGGUGCUAUUGGCCCCACACACAACUUUGAGCCUCCCCACUACGAUGGUAUCGAGUCCCUGGUGGUGCAGGGGGACGUCCUCUUCAGUGGCUCCAGGGACAACGGCAUUAAGAAGUGGGACCUAGCCCGCAAAGACCUACUGCAGCUAGUGCCCAAUGCCCACCGUGACUGGGUGUGUGCCCUGGGUGUGGUGCCUGGCUCUCCGGCCCUGCUGAGUGGCUGUAGAGGAGGGGUGCUCAAGCUUUGGCACACAGACACACUGGGGGCCCUGGGGGAACUCAAGGGCCACGAGAGCCCCAUCAACGGCAUCUCCACCAACAGCAGCCACCUCUUCACAGCAUCUGAUGAUCGAACAGUGAAGAUCUGGCGUGCCCGGGGCGGACUCGACAGUACCUUAGAGACAACGGCGGACACCACUGACGAGGUGGCCAAUAACUGAACAUGGCCGUGACCUCCCGCCGUGACCCUUAACCUUGGACGCUGCUGACUAGCACUUUUACCUCUGGCCUUUCACCUUGGAAACCAUGGAAACCACCCCCCCCCCAGCUCCCACAUAUUGUAACCAUGACAACUGUGCAAGCCCGCAGGAAUGGAAUCUUAUCUCAGCAAAAGUAGCUGUAGUCUUUCUCCAGAGUGAGAUAUAUGUAUCCUUAGGGAAAUAUAUCUAGUCUAACCUGCCUGGCAGUUGCACUGACUUGUGCAGAAUAAAUACUCUGUUUGCUUGGUAGACAUCUUUCCCUCUCAGCUCAUAUUAAGUAUUUAGUAAGCCCACAAGGGUCAUAUUUAGACACACAUACACACAUACAUACAUACAUACAUACAUAUAGAGGCAGAUCUUGAGGGUCUUUCUGGGCUGGGGGAGUUAAUGAAGGAGAGUGGUGCGGAGAGGAGAUAAAGAGGAUGGGUGGGCCACUGGGCUCUGUAGCUGGCCACUGGGCUCUGUAGCUGGCCUACAAGACCCGGACCAGGUUCUCCAGUGGCACAGCAAAGGAACAGAAGCACUGUAGGCAGAACCACUGUCUCUCCUUAUCUGAUAUCAAUGUGGCUUUAUGUCAACUGACAAAUCACCGCACCCCCUUAAAUCACCGCUUGGUUUAAAUGUUAUUUUGCUUCGAAUUCAGCUCCCACUUAUUGUAGCUGAUCAAAUUGUAAAACUUGUCUUGUACUUUACCUGUCAACUGGAUACACUAACUAACAAUACUCUUGUAACCACUUGGAAAACGCCUUCAGUCAGUCACCUUCUGUCUGCUAUCUUAGUCUUUACACGUAAUCCUUACUGACUCUAUGUGCAAAUACAAUGUCUCUUUGAGGAUACACUGACUGUCUUCACUCACUCAUAAUUUAUAUCUAUGUAGUAAUGUACGAUUCUCUUCUUAAUGCUGUUACCACACCCUCCCUCUAAAAGUUGUGAACUAACCUAAUGCCUGUGCUGCUAAGUUGUUUGCUCACCUUUGACCCAUAGAGGUCUUCUGUUCUAGACCCCAGGUGAGGUCCACCUGGUAACCGUAGUUACGUACUGUAUAUAAUAAUGUAAAGUGUGAGGAGGAGAGGAGCCGUUUACCUGUGCCUGUACUGUAAGCCUCUCCUAUCCUGGUCCUGGAAGUCCCCAGUGUAUGGUGGUUGUAUCCUGUGUGCCAGUUUUACUGCACAUUACAACUGCCAUAUUUGUGAUUGCUGUGAGCCAGGGCUGGGGUCAAUACCAUUUCAAUUCCAGUCAAUUCAGAAAGUAACACAAAUUAGAGAUGGCAUUUUUGUGUACUUCCUAAAUUGACUAGAUUUGAAAUGGAAUUGACCCCAACUAUGGUGUAAGAUGAACUAACUGUCAAAUGAUUAAUUGUAUCUGCUGUCUGCUGGAACUAUUGAAUGUUAUUAAAGGACUAGUAGCAGCAGCCAGCAACACAUGAUCUAUAUGUUAACAGUAUUGUAUGAUGAAGUCAACUGAAGGUCAGCAUUGUAGAUCACCAGAACUCGCUCUACAAGGGAAACUGAGGACCAUAAUUCAGAGACGGUGUUCUAACAGCACUCUUAAUGCUUUUGAACAGAACCUCUCUCCCUGACCCUGUGUCAGCCUGUUAUGUUUCUUGGUCUGAGUCUGAAAUGGCACCCUAUUGCCUAUAUAGUGCACUACUUUUGUACAUAGCACUAUGAACCCUGGUCAAAAGCUAGUGCACUAUAUAGGGAAUAGGGUGCAAUUUCAGAUGCAGCCCUGAUUCUCUUUUUCUGUUAAACUGUAUGUAUUAAAACCAAUCCUGGGUUCCCUUCUGGAGUUUAACUGUAGACGGCCCUCCCCAAAAUGGCUGACUCUGUACUGUAGCAGUUCUGAUGUCAGAUGCCUGGUGAAAUAAAUGUCAUCCUUCAAAAACCA